CCCCCCACCACCACCACCUCGGUGAUCUGGUCUGCAGGAGGCAGAGACUGGCGCAUGCUACGGAUCUCCUCCGCUCAUCCAGCUCAUCCCGGUUCCUCCGCCGUCUCCUCUCAGGCUGCUUGUCACCGCCUGGACUCGGAUCCCGGAAUCUUCAUGAUUUGCGGACACCAUGCUCGUUUUUUAGCCGGGGAACCCUCUUUUCGUCCCGCAUGUUCAGGACCAAACGAUCGGGGCUCGUCCGGCGACUCUGGAGGAGCCGCGCGCCCGUGGAGGGCGACGGGGAGGCGGAUCGAGGGACCACGCAUGGCUCCGGGGGCUGCUGCAUGGGCAAAGCGACAAAGGUGGCCAAGUCCGGCGCCGGGUCCGAGGCCGAACUCAAGGCGUUGACCCACUCCGUACUGAAGAAGCUUAAAGAGAAACAAUUAGAGGUGCUCUUGCAGGCGGUGGAGUCCAAGGGGGGCGCACGGAGCCCCUGCUUGCUCCUGCCCGGCAGAGUGGACGCCAAAGUGGGUCAACAGUCUUACUCUCUCCCCAUGCUGCUCUACAAAGUGUUCCGGUGGCCGGACCUCAGGCAUUCCUCGGAGCUCAAGAGGCUGUCUUGCUGUGAAUCCUACGGGAAAAUCAACCCGGAGCUCGUCUGCUGCAACCCGCACCACAUGAGCAGGCUUUGUGAACUCGAGUCUCCUCCUCCUCCAUAUUCUCGCUAUCCCAUGGACUAUCUUAAACCACCAGAUUCUCCAGACUCUGGACCCUCAUCUAGUGAAACUGGGGGAACAACAUACUCGGCCCCUGUGGGGCUUUCAGAUUCCCUGGCAAUGCAGGAGUCUGGCGAGCGGUCCCAUUGGUGCGUGGUGGCGUACUGGGAGGAGAAGACCCGCGUCGGGCGCCUCUACUCGGUCCAGGAGCCCUCCCUGGACAUCUUCUACGAUCUACCUCAGGGGAACGGCUUCUGUCUGGGUCAGCUCUGCUCCGAUAACAAGUCCCAGCUGGUGCAGAUGGUGCGGGCCAAGAUCGGCUACGGCAUCCAGCUGACGCGUGAGGCGGACGGGGUGUGGGUCUACAACCGCAGCUGCUACCCCAUCUUCAUAAAGUCGGCCACACUGGACAACCCGGACUCGCGCACGCUGCUGGUGCACAAGGUGUUCCCCGGGUUCUCCAUCAAAGCGUUUGACUAUGACAAGGCCGGCAGCCUGCAGCGGCCCAACGACCACGAGUUCACGCAGCAGCCGCGCACAGGCUUCACCGUGCAGAUCAGCUUUGUGAAGGGCUGGGGACAGUGCUACACCAGACAGUUCAUCAGCAGCUGCCCGUGCUGGUUGGAAGUCAUCUUCAACACCCGAUAGCAGCAGCAGCCUUCCUCACCUCCUUCUGCCCCCUUCACAAACAGACUACACCUUCUUUCCCUUUUUUUUUGUUUUUUUUUUGUUCCAGGGGUUCAAAGAGAGGAAAAAAGGUUUUAAAAGAAGACGAAAGUAUACGAUUCUGACGGACUUUGUUUAAUACACACGACAAAGAUUUAAUUAAAUGAAAAAUAAGAAGCGAAAAAUGUAUUUUAUGUUAUAUAUAAAUAUAUUAUUAAUUGUAAAUAUGAAGACGUUUUAUAUGCAUCAUUAUUUAUGUAUUGUGCAAUGUGUUGAUGAAAAAGAAAAUAAGAUGCACUUUGCUUAAUAUAAAUGCAAAACAAAG